AUGAGCCAUUUAUUUAAUUUACCAUUUUCAUUUUCAAUUAAUCCUCAAACAUUAAAAAAUUUAUUACAACAUAGAAAAAAUAUUCAAUCAAAUACAAGUGAAGAUAAAUGGUCUGAAAAAGCUAUUAAAGGUUUAAUUAAACGUUUAACUAAAUCGUCAAUGAUUGAUGAUUUGCAAACAGCAUUAGAAGCACAAAGUUCACAAACACGUUGUGUUACUAUUUCAAGAGAAGCACAAAAUAAAUUAGUUGAACCAAAUCCAUCCCAAACAGUACGAAAAGCGUUUAAUGAUGUUACACCUGUUGUUGCUUUUUGUCGUAUAUGGCGUUGGCCAGAUUUAAAUACACAUUUAGAAUUACGACCAACAAAUACAUGUGUAUAUGCAUUUCAACAUGAAAAAGACCAAAUAUGUGUUAAUCCUUUUCAUUAUGAACGAGUUGUUGCACCAUUUAUUCCACCAGUUCAGGUACCUGUUUGUGAUCGUGCUGUAUUUGAUUCUACAACAAGUGAACGUAUGCAAAUACAACCAGAUUCAACUGUUCCUAUGGAUUUUGCUACAUCACCAACAGAUCAACAACGUACAGCUGUGAAUAGUCCAGCAAGUGUACAAGAUAAUUAUGAAGCAAUGACACCAACACAAGCCUCAAUUAAUCAACAACAAGUUGCAACAACAAAUUUUAAUGGUGUUCCAACAGCAUCUAUUGCUUAUGCUGAAACACCAUUUUGGUGUUCAAUACUUUAUUAUGAAUUAAAUCAACGUGUUGGUGAAACAUUUCAUGCAUCAUUAAAUUCACUUGUUAUUGAUGGUUUUUGUGAUCCAAAUGCAUCCGAUCGUUUUUGUCUUGGUUCAUUAACAAAUGUUAAUCGUAGUAGAGAAAGUGAAGUUUGUCGAAGUAUGAUUGGUAAUGGUGUUAGACUUUAUUAUAUUGGUGGUGAAGUAUUUGCUGAAUGUUUAUCUGAUACACCAAUAUUUGUUCAAAGUCCAAGUUGUAAUCAACGUUUUCAAUGGCAUCCAGCAACUGUUUGUAAAAUUCCACCACGUUGUAAUUUAAAAAUUUUCAGUAAUACAGAAUUUGCACAAAUGUUAAGAGAUACAAUUCAAUAUGGUUAUGAAGCUGUUUUUAAUCUUACACGAAUAUGUGCUAUUCGUAUGAGUUUUGUUAAGGGUUGGGGUGAAGAAUAUCGUCGACGUACUAUCAUGAGUACACCAUGUUGGGUAGAAAUUCAUCUAAAUGGUCCAAUGCAAUGGCUUGACAAUGUUCUACAACAAUUACCAGCACCUGGUAGUAUGUCCAGUAAAUAA